AUGGCGGCUGCUAUCCCUUUGGAGGAGGUGGUGAUGGUAGCUUUGGGAAAGGACCCGCCUGAGAACCAGGAAGUGACAAGUUACACCCCAGAGCAGAAUUCUGAGGCGACCCUGCCGUGGGAUCAAGCCUGUCAUGAUACGUCUUGUGAGACGCCAACGCUGGAAACGUUGGAGACUGACUCCAGACCAAGUCCUGAGGGGAGCAGGGAAGAGGCCAUUAUGGGGCCUGGUGUGGACAGUGAGGCCUUCUCUGGAGUUCCUGCUACCCAAGUGGUGGAGGAGAAGGAGGAGGAGGAGGAGAAAGAGGAUGACAACUGUAUGCCAGCGGUGGCGGCCCAAGUCUUCAUCCCCAUCGACCCCUACUGCAUCGAACGCACGCCAGUAACCGAGAAAAAGGAAUGGUACCCAGCGUAUGAUGAAGAGGAUGAGAUUAUCCGCUGCGAGAGGGAGAACGCCGCCCUCGAGAAGCAGAACUUCAUCUCCCGCGGCUACUCGGCCCAUUUUGACGACUCACCAAGCUACGAGGGGAAGACAGGCAAGACCUGCGCCGAGAGGUGGCCUUGCCUUCAAAAUGGCACCUGCAGCUCAGCCAACCUCAAAGCGGUGGCUUCCAUGAUUGGAGCCGCUGUCAUCUUCCCCUGCCUGAUCUACGGGGCAUAUGUCUUCUUGCCCUUUGACGCGCCUUUCAUGCCCACCAUGAGCUCCCGCCUGGUCUACACCAUGCGCUGCGGCGUCUUUGCCACCUUCCCAAUCAUCGUAGGUGAGUGUCUGGCUGUGGGUUUUGCUCCAGAGGAGAAAGGGUUUCCCUGCCAAGUUUGGCCAAAAAGGCCUUUGGGAAGCCUUUUCAGACUGAGGGCCACAUUCCCUUUUAGGAAUCUGGUCAAGGGCCACUUGCCUGGCAGUGGGGCAGGUGCCAGAGGUAAAAGAUGGCAGAAACACAAGUGCAAAUUGUACCUUUGUAUAUAGUAGGCUAGUUUUUACACAUAGUUGAACACACCCCUCUAUCUUCCAACUGGGCGAGCGAAAGGCAUGGUUGGAAUUCAAGGACAAAAGUACUCAAGGAGGGCAUUGCAGGAGGGUGGACUAAAUGGGGUACCAACCCUAUGAUUCUGUGUUUCUAGGGUGCAAAAUAGGACCAAGGAGAGGGGUUUGCCUGGUGUGAGGAGGUGUGACCUGAGGGGAGUCCUGAGGGCUAGAAAGAGAGGGCCUCUUUUGACCCCCGUCCUUCUGUUCAUUUGACCCCUGCAGUCCAGUUCCCCCAUUCUUGCCCCUGCUCAGCAUCCCAAUGUACCAGCUGCUGACUUGAAUCAGUUAUGCAAAUCUAACACACUUUAAUCUAUUUCCACACUUUGCAUAAUGGUUUCUGCUAGCGCUGAGAACUUUACCCACCAAUACUGACGACCGUUCUUGCUCUUCCUCUCUGGCCUGAGAUUUUACUGGCCAUGUUGUUGUUGUUGUUGUUGUUGUUUAGUCGUUUAGUCGUGUCCGACUCUUCGUGACUCCAUGGACCAGAGCACGCCAGACACUCCUGUCUUCCACUGUCUCCCAUAGUUUGGUCAAACUCAUGCUGGUAGCUUCAAGAACACUGUCCAACCAUCUCGUCCUCUGUCGUCCCCUUCUCCUUGUGCCCUCCAUCUUUCCCAACAUCAGGGUCUUUUCCAGGGAGUCUUCUCUUCCCAUAAGGUGGCCAAAGUAUUGGAGCCUCAGCUUCAUGAGCUGUCCUUCCAGUGAGCACUCAGGGCUGAUUUCCUUCAGAAUGGAGAGGUUUGAUCUUCUUGCAGUCCAUGGGACUCUCAAGAGUCUCCUCCAGCACCAUAAUUCAAAAGCAUCAAUUCUUCGGCCAUCAGCCUUCUUUAUGGUCCAGCUCUGACUUCCAUACAUCACUACUGAGAAAACCAUGGCUUUAACUAUACGGACCUUUGUUGGCAAGGGUCAUAGAAACUAUAAACUUCCUCAUAAAAGCAGAGAGCAGUGAAAUAUAUGUACACUCUUGCACCAGAUCUCAGAAUUUGCAUUUGUGCAAUAGGUGAACAAAUGCGCUUCUCAGGCGAUGCCCAACCCCGACCUGUAAUAUUCUUCAGGGGUUUUAUUGUUUGAUUUCCGUGUUGAUAUUCUGAGGGUGUGUAAACAGACUUGCUUUUUCUGGCAGAUCAAGCUGGGACCUGUUCUCGCUUUACUCUGUAAAUGAUGCUAUGCUGAAUGAGGAUGCUAUUUAAAUAUCAGAAACUGUAAUUCCAAAGGGCAUCUACACCAUGUUGCAAAUGGAUCUAGGAUUCCCUUCCCAGGACUAAGAUUAGAGGAAAAACUAGUUGUGCCAUUUCCAGUAGAACCUAAUGUUGCACAGUUCUGAUUGGCCAAUACUUGCAAUAUCAAUAACCCACCUCUUCUCUGCCCUGGUUCCUAGAGUGGUCUUGCUUCUCUUGUAUAUGUCUGAUGUCAAUAGGCAGAGAGUUCCAUAGUGUAGGUGCUGCCGCACUAAGAGAAGGAUUUCUUACAAAUGCCUCCUCUUGCCCCCUCCCCAGUUUUAACCAAAUCACUUGUCCCAAUAGCCUGCUCAAAACAGUUGCUAACAGGGCUACAAUUCCCAGAGUUCCCUGAGAAGCGGGAUUGGGAGUUAAACUACUCUGGUUAACAGUGUGAAGGGUAUAGGGAGUGUCCUAACUAUUCUCAGCACCUUUAAUGAACUACAGUUCCCAGAAUUCUUUUCAGGGAAGCCACAACUGUUUAAAGUGGUGUCACACUGCUUUCAACGGAUGGUGUGAAUGUGGCCCUUGGAACCAGGUCUAUGGAACCAAGGUGGCAGGUCCCUGAGAAAGUCUGGGAACCACUAAGCUAAAGGUUUGGUUUCUAGUUGUCAAAUGAGCCUUGCCAGCUUGGGGAAUAGUCAAAGAUGUUUCUGCAGAUCAUAUUGGUGAUCGAGCUGGAAUAAAAGGGUUUAGGUGGACUGGAUUUUGUAAAUUAAUAUGAGGGCCUUGAACCCAGCUUGGAAACAGAUUUCCUGGGAUGCAGGGUCCUGGCAUCCUUUGAAGUCCACUGCAUCUUCAUGUUCAGGCGUGUGAGUACUCACUCUCUCUUUCUCUCUCUCUCUCUCUCUCUUUCUCUCUCUCUUUUCAUCCUGCAGGUAUGAUUGUGUACGGGGUCUCGCGGAUCUGCUUCUUCUCCCUGCAGCCCUUUGGUGAGCUGCGCCGGGAGGUGGAGAUCCACCGCCACUACGUCUCCCAGUCGGUCCAGCUCUUCAUCCUGUACUUCUUCAACAUCUCCGUCCUCUCCACUUACCUGCCCCAGGAAGGCCUCAAGCUCAUCCCUCUGCUGACAGCCCUCUUUGCCAUUUCACGGUAAGAGAGAGAAGCAGAAACGCAGCGAAUGGUUAGUGGCGGCAGCACAGGCACAAUUUCAACAGCAGGCCCAGCAGGGCCUCCUCCUCUGGAGGCCCCUAAUGCAGCAGCCAUGGCCAGGUCCACACCAUCCAUUUUUAAAACGCUAGGGUACCACUUCAAACAGUCAUGGCUUCUUCCCACAAAGAAUCCUGGGAGCUGCGGUUUGUUAAGCGUGCAGAGAGAUGCUAGGAGGCCCCUGUUCCUCUCCCUGAGCAAGACGGUCUGGGCAGGUUGGCUUUGAAAGCAGACUCUGGGUUGUGUCUCAGUGACAGAGCACCUGCUUCUCAUGGAGAAGGCCCCACGUUCAGUCACCGCAGGCAUCUCAGGUAAGGCUGGUCAGGCUGUCUCUGUUUGCCUAAUGGAAGGGCCGGCCCUGCAGGCAGUACUGACCUAGAAGGGUCUGUCUCGGUCUAAAGGAUUUUAUGCCCCCAACUUCCUGCUGCUCUGUUUGGCAGGAGGGGAAAACCAGGGGGGGGCACCAGCAGGUGACCAACCAGUUUAAUCUAGCUCAUUAGAGGUGAGGCUGAGUUUUAGGCACGUUGUCUAAUAUUCCUGGGGAGACCGGCGGUUGAUUAUUUAUAUGCCACCUAUUUCCUCCAAGGAGCUCAAGAUGGCCUACAGACUUCUCCUCCUCCCCAUUUUAUCCUCACAACAACCCUGUGAGGUAGGUUAGGUUGCGAGACAGUGACUGGCCCAAGGUCACCCAGUGAACUUUGUGGCUGAGUGGGGAUUCGAACCCUGGUCUCCUGGACCCUAGUCCAACACACUAAUCACUAUACCACUGGGACUACCCCCUCCCCUGCUGCACUGGCCAACAAAAGCCAGUUAAAUCUCCAUUUUUCAUCUUCAAGGUAGUGACGGCAUCUAGCAUCACUGAAAUGUCGGUGGGUUCCCAUGAGGCAAGACACAGUGAUAACAGCAAGAACCUUCAUUGAACUAACAGAACUGGACAACAGGGGCAAAGCAACUGCUUAUAUACAUUUCUGAAGGCCUGGGCCACUCCCACUCCCAACGUGAUUGGCUGUUCAAACUUCCAAGCUGCGAAUCAUAAAUCAGAGUUUAAGGGCCAAUGGCAGAGGCCCAAAUCCUGAAAUGUUCUGUGAUUGGAUAUCAUGUAUCGAAUCAGAACACAGGGGCUCAGUUCAAAACUCAAGCUCAGGCAAACAGGACCACUGAAUACAUAACAAUCACGGCUAUCUUUUGAUCCUUUUCUUGCUUGCUUUCUCGCCUCUCUCUCACCCUUUCCCCCAAUUUCCUCCAGGCUCCUCUACUGGCUAGCCUAUGCCAUGGGCCGCUCCUUCCGUGGUUUCGGAUUCGGCCUGACGUUCCUGCCCCUCUUCACCAUGCUGUUGUUCAACCUCUACAGCAUGUUCAUCAUGGAUCCAGAGAACAUGUUUGCUGUGGCCGACAGCAGUGACAAGUCCUCCCAAGAGAAGGAGCAGCGCCUGGCGGCCUCCAAGCCUCGGUUCUGGGGCUGA